CGAUCGAGAAAUGCCGCCAUCAACUUGUCCGCAACAGUCAAAACUCAAUACUCCGAGAAAUGGCAGUUGCUCUACUCCCAAUCCAAAACACCACACUAGUAGUUCCUCGUCGUCCGAUUUCGAUCCGCAUAUUAGCCUGCGAAAGCUCCACUUCCAUGGCGAAGACCAACACAGUGAGAGUGGCCGCCGCUCAGAUGACUUCCAUCAACGACCUAUCUGCUAAUUUUAACACCUGCACCCGCCUUGUCAAGGAAGCGGUUGCUGCAGGGGCAAAAUUGAUUUGUUUCCCCGAAAACUUCUCUUACAUGGGCGCCAGGGAAGGGGAAAGUCUUAAGAUCGCGGAAAAUUUGGAUGGACCAAUCAUGCAAGGAUACUGUUCUCUUGCAAGAGAAUCCAACAUUUGGUUGUCCCUUGGAGGCUUUCAAGAGAAAGGACCUGAUGAUUCGCACUUGUAUAAUACACAUGUUUUAAUUGAUGAAACCGGGAACAUCAGAAGCACAUAUCGGAAGAUACACUUGUUUGACGUGGAUGUUCCAGGUGGAAUGGUAUACAAAGAGAGUAGUUUUUCUAAAGCAGGGAAGGACAUUGUUGCUGCAGACAGCCCCAUUGGACGUUUAGGUCUGACAGUUUGCUAUGAUUUGAGAUUCCCAGAUCUCUAUCAGCAGUUGCGGUUUCAACAUAAAGCACAGGUUCUGUUAGUGCCUUCAGCUUUUACAAAGGUGACUGGAGAAGCCCAUUGGGAGAUUCUCCUUCGUUCUCGUGCAAUUGAGACUCAAUGCUAUGUUAUUGCUGCUGCGCAAGCUGGAUGGCAUAAUGAUAAAAGAGAAAGUUAUGGUGACACCUUAAUAAUUGAUCCAUGGGGAAAAGUUGUCAGUCGGCUGCCAGAUCGAUCAUCAACGGGCCUUGCUGUAGCUGACAUUGAUUUUUCAUUGAUUGAUUCAGUGAGGACUAGGAUGCCAAUAUCUGAGCACCGGAAACCCUUCGAUUUUUGGAAAUGUGCUUCUCAAUGAUUUUUGAAAGGUAAUGUUCCUUCAGCUGCACAUUUCACCAGUAUGUAUGCAAAAUUGGGAACCAUUUUUUUAUGGGAGAAAUAAUCAUCCAACUGUGUCUAUAAUUAUAUUAUGAUCCCAUUUUUUAUUGUUGUUGAGGAAACCAUCAAUCUGGCCCCUUCUGUAGGUUUUUGUAACCCUCAAUAACAUGAAAUAAUUCUUGCUUGUAUUUUAGAAGACACAUUAUUCUUCAGCUUAGGAAUGUUAUUUUCAGCAUAAAAUGUUUGUGAA